CCUCCCGGGUGCGAGCCGCUCGCGCCCGCCGCUCUCCGCCGCCGCCGCCGCCGCCGGCGUCCGGGCCCGCCGCCCGCGCUUCAUGGCUGCGCAGGAAUGGGACUGGUUCCAGCGCGAGGAGCUCAUCGGGCAGAUCAGCGACAUCCGCGUGCAGAACCUGCAAGUUGAGAGAGAAAAUGUGCAGAAGAGGACUUUUACUCGAUGGAUAAAUCUACAUCUUGAAAAGUGUGACCCACCUCUAGAAGUUACAGACCUGUUCGUUGACAUACAAGAUGGCAAAAUCCUAAUGGCUUUGUUAGAAGUCCUGUCUGGGCGGAAUCUGCUGCAUGAGUACAAAUCCUCCUCGCAUCGGAUUUUUCGAUUGAACAACAUAGCAAAAGCACUUACAUUUCUGGAAGAUAGCAACGUAAAACUAGUUAGCAUCGAUGCAGCGGAAAUAGCAGACGGCAACCCCUCGCUGGUGCUCGGGCUGAUAUGGAACAUCAUCCUCUUCUUCCAGAUCAAGGAGCUCACGGGCAACCUGAGCAGGAACUCCCCAUCCUCCAGCCUGUCGCCGGGCUCUGGGGGCACAGACUCGGACUCGUCCUACCCACCCACCCCCACUGCAGAGAGCAAUGUGGCCAUCGCCAUGAAGGACCAGCGGAAGGCCAUCAAGACGCUGCUGGCGUGGGUGCAGAGAAAGACGAGGAAGUAUGGUGUGGCGGUGCAGGACUUUGCAGGCAGCUGGAGGAGCGGGCUGGCUUUCCUGGCUGUGAUCAAGGCCAUUGACCCCAGCCUGGUGGACAUGAAGCAGGCCCUGGAGGAGUCUCCACGGGAAAACCUGGAGAGGGCUUUCCAAGUUGCACAAGAGACCCUGCACAUCCCCAGGCUCCUGGAGCCAGAAGACAUCAUGGUUGACGUGCCAGAUGAGCAGUCCAUCGUGACUUACGUGGCGCAGUUUCUCGAGCGUUUCCCUGAGCUGGAAGCCGAAGAUUUCAUGGAUCCAGAUAAAGAAGUUCCCAUCGAGUCCACCUUUGUCCGCAUCCGAGAAACGCCCCCUGAGCAGGAGAGCAAGGUCCUCCUCCUGAUGCAGAAUGGAGAGCGGACCUACACUGUGAACCACGAAACCAGCCACCCGCCCCCCACCAAAGUCUUCCUGUGCGACCGGCCCGAGGGCAUGGCCAGCAGUGUGCUGUCGGACAGCUCCACGGAGUUUGUGCACCAGAUCAUUGACCAGGUCCUCCAGGAGGGUCUGGGGACGAGCAGUGAACCUGCUCCUGAAUCUUCCAACUUGUGCCCUAGAAGGAACAGCCAAAGGCCCAGCUUUCUGCCCACCAAGAAAACUGUCCAUUUUGAGGAUGGCGCCUACAAGGAGCCCUCUGGCAGCCAGGAGCCUUUCUACAGCCCACACUUUGUCUUUGAAGGGAGCCCAAGGCCCUCGAGGGAGCUGCUGCAGCAGGGCAGGCGGGCACUGUUGGAGGCUGAGGCCGAAGAAAGGAAGCUGGAGGAGGCAGCCUCACCGAUCCCAGGGGCAGGCUCCGGUGAGGUCCCUGGGGCGCAUGGCCCAGUGAGUCCCACACAGCCACCCCCUGAUUCUUCUUCCCUCAAUGGAACCUACGAGGAUCUAGCCGGCCACCUGGGGGAAGAAAAUCCUUCUCUCCAGCCCCUUGGGGUAAAUACUGUCCUGGCCAGCUCCAUGGAGAUCAAGGUUAAACUGCAGACUGCAGAGCCGAUGGGGACGGAAGACUAUCUGGAAGGUGUCCCAUCGCAAGCCAGGAGGUUCGUCAGCGACUCGGUAGACUUUGCUUCCACCAGCCAGGGUUCGGGUGAGACUUCUCCUGGUGAGAAGGCGACUGGCAAGGAGGAGGCGGUGGAGGCAGCCUCUGGGAACUCUGCCCAGGAGCCGCAGGGAGGGUGUGACAGACACGAGCACCCCACAGACUCUGGGCAAAAAUCUCCAAGCCACUCUUCGUCCCCGAAGGAGACACCUGUGGAUAGAAAGCCAGAGACACCUGUGUAUGAGAAGGCCAAGAGGAAGUCCCCCCGGCAUCGCAGUGAGGAUGAGGAGGACGCCCGUGGUCCCCCAGGGCUUGGUAAAGAACUUUCCUCCAGUUCCCUUAGGGCCAGCAUCAGCUUGGAGACCGUUGGCAGUCCCAGCGAGGAAGGCCUGGAUUUCAAGUCCUCGCCCCCGCUCUCCAAGGUCUCUGUCAUUCCCCACGAUCUCUUCUAUUACCCGCACUACGAGGUGCCCCUUGCUGCAGUUUUAGAGGCGUAUGCGGAAGGCACGGAGGAUGUGAAUGACAAGGACUGUCUGCCUGACAUGGACCCCGGAGAGGGCAACACCGAAGGCUCCUGGAGCAGCUGCAGCUUCUCAACUCUGGGUGAGGGUCUCCCCACUGCCAGCAGCCAGACUCUGCCUCCCACCAGCCAUGCCACAGCGGUCACACCAGCCUCGGAAGCUGCUGCCCCUGCCCUGUGUGAGGACCAGCAGCCGCGGGAGGCUGAAGACAGCGAGAGCCACCAGUUCCAACAAGAAUUUCCAGACUCAGAAAACAUAGCAAACUGUUUAGAAGAAAAGGUAAUGCAAGAAUCAUCAACCAGCAGUAAAAAAAAGGAAAAAAGGAAACACGUGGACCGUGUAGACACUUCCUCAUACACAGCCCCUGGGAUUGUUCAGUCCUCAGAUGACCUAGAAGACGACCUUGGCGACUGCAGGGUCCCUUCCAGGACUAGUCACAGCGACUCCAGUAUUUACAUUCGACGUCAUACUAAUAGAUCUUUGGAGUUGGACCACAUUAGCUUUGUUCAGUUGAGGAAUGCCGCAGAUCUGGACGACAGAAGAAACCGAAUGUUAACCAGGUACAAUACUCAGAAGCUCAUUGAGCUGAUUUUACAGUUUUAUGGCAUCAGAGCAGACAAGAAGAGAGAAUGCAAACAUGCCGGGAUGUCUAUGAAACCCAGCAGCUCUGGAGAAGCCGAGUCCCUGGGGACCCAGAGCCUACAAAGUGACUCCCUGACACAACUGGUCCAGCAGCCGGACAUGAUGUAUUUUAUCCUCUUCCUCUGGCUCCUGGUCUACUGUCUGCUGCUCUUCCCACAGCUGGACAUUAUCAGACUCUGACACGUGUGUCUGUGGAAUAAAAAGGACAGGACCCCGAUCAGGAGUGGGGUCCCUUCAUUUUAUUUUUUUGUUCAGGAUCUGGCGACUUCUGCAGAGUUGAAGACCUCGUAACAGAUGUAGCCUCCAUGCUAUUUUGCUUUUUCUUGUAUUUGCUCCUCCUUUCUGUAAGCUCCGGGAGCGUGCUUUAUUCUUUGGAUGCUCAGAACUCAGGUUUGUGGCUGAAUCCUUAGGUGGGUUUUGUCCUGUGUGCCUUGCUCCAUUAGAUGGUCAGCAUUCACUCGUAGCCAAAACCUGGGGCUUAGCUCAUGGACUUGCAGAUUUUUAAGGUCCUGGGUGAACUUGAGCUAAGAACCUCUCAGUGGAGGCUCUGCAUGAUGAAAAAGUGUGGGUACUCCAGGCUGAGUCCCCACCCGGACAAAAACUGCCUUAUUUUCCUCUAGAUGGGGUGUUUGUGUGCAGGGAGAUGGGGUCCACGGCCCUACUGUGGUGAAACCUGGCAGCGAGAAGCUGACGGUUCCCAGUGAGCACAGCCAGGAGAGGAGAAUCCAGCGGAGAGAGCAAAGGCUCUGUUUCAAGCCACUGCACAUUGUUUAUUUCACCCUAGCUUUGGGGAGGGGUGGCUGGGCCAGAGAGAUGCAUUUUUAUUUUUAAUUUGCUUUUGCAUUGAUUGGAUCGAGGUAGAGCUGUGAUUUGCAAACCUUCUCUACCCAGGGGACGCUGCUGCUGUCGAAUGAAACUUGAGAUGGGCCAGUCUAGACGAUGCAUUAAAAGCAGAAGUCUGGCUGGCUGGGGCUGGCCUCGAGACCCCCUCCCACUUGGCAGAGCCCCUGUGCAGAACCUCAAGGUCCCACAGGGCACUGCAAAAGGCCUCAGCAUCGGCAGAAGGAACAGGGCUGAGAAUGAGCCCCCACCAGAGCCAGAGCCAGCGGGGGUCCUGCAGGCUGGUGCUUAAGAAAGCCUUGUGCACAGCAGCCCCGGGAUGCCCUCUGAGCACCGGCCAGCAUCAUUUGCUUUGGUCCCAAUGGGUCCCUUAAAAGGCCUUCUGGGCAGACCAAAGGCGUCUCUCCUGCCCCCCACCCUCCUCCUCUCAGUCCGUCCAGCGGCCUUUCCCUGCUAAGACUCAGGUCAGUGAAGACUGUGUCCCUCCCUCUCUUCCUUCCCUCACAAGUGUGGGUCAGGCCCCUCUUAGGAAGGGCCUCAGGGGUCAUCCUGUCCAGUCAUGUCAAGCCCAGAGAGCCAAAGCAGGCUGACUGAGGUCACACUGACUUGCCACGAGUACCCAGGCUGCCUGAUGCCUGGUUCAGAACUGCCACUUUCAAAGGGAGACUCUUUAUCCCAUCCAUGACUUCCCCCUAAAACGAUAAAUCAGCUGGACAAAACAUUCUCAUUCAAACAAAACCAGCAUCUUUUAGACCAUCUAUCAUUUUCUUGCUCUUGUAUUUUUUCCAUGAGGAAGUUUCUUUUACCUUCAAACCUGUGCCCUGUUCUUUCUGGAAUAUUCUUCACAGGGAAGGGAAGAACCUCAUUCCUUCCCAGCAAGCCAGUUUCAGACCAUGGUUUGCAAGCUUACGGGACGCCGGCAUGGCCAAAAAGAAUCUACAUAGCCCAUUUGAGUCGGUGACAGCCAAAAUCUGGCCUUAAGUCUUGUGAUGGUAGUCAGCCUCCUGUCCUCAGAAGAAUUGCAUCCUUCCGAGGAGAAAGCUGUUGAGUGCUUGGAGCGAUUCCAUCUGGAAGGCCAGGAACUCCAUAGAAAAUGAGCUAAUUAGUGAGCUCCCUGGUAUCAUCAAAAGCUCAAAGGUACAGAUAAUAAAGAGUAUGUGAUAUUUUAUAGCCCUGGGCACCACGCAGUCCGUGUCCAAAUUAGAUGCCCAAGAAGAGUUGAUUCAAGUCUGAAUCGUUUCAUUUUAUGGGUCUAGACCUUGUUCAGAGAAAUCUCUGCAGGCUGCUUCUCUCCCUUAUUACAACCUGUGAUAUUCUUUAAAACAGCUACUGGCAAGAUGCCUGAGAGUCGUUUGGUUCCGGUUGGCAGUAAACUGAUUUUUCUGGAAAAAAAAAAAAAUCUCAUUUGAGUGUAGGCUUAUACAGAAGAAGCUGAAUACAGAAGGCUGCUGCAAAAACCAGUCUACUGCUUGCUCUUUUUUUAAACAAAUAAAUACUCCAAACCCAGCAUGAUGGCACACACCUGUAAUUCCAGAACGUGGAAAGCUGAGGGAGGAUUGUGAGUUCAAGGCCGGUCAGGACUACAUAAUUAGACUGUCUUGAAAAUAAAGCAAAGUAAAUGCUACAAGAUUUUUAGUGAGAACUAAUAGUUCCCCAAGUCUCAUUCCCUGGAGGUAACCACUUUGAUCACGUUUAGCUUGUUGCUUCCUCUAUUUGCACUCACGUUUCUACAUAACAUGCUCGUGCCUUGUCUUUGAAUUAGCUUAGAAACAUCUGCUGUCCAGCUAAUCCGAUAAACAGAGGUCCCACUCCUGCACUUGGGAUGUCUGUUCCUGUGCAGUGCUCAUACUCUCGUGGGCCUGUCAGCCCGGUUCGCUCAUCUUUUCAUAUCCAAAUGUCUCCUUAAUUUAAGAUCUCUCUCUCUCUCUCUCUCUUUCCCUCCAGCCUUUUUCUCCCUUCCUCAAUAUAUACUUUAGUAGCCAAAGAAGGUGAACAUGGGGAGUAAAUAUCGUGAUUAUCUUGAGAUUUUUGCGUGACUGGGAAUGGCCUUGCCUUACGCAGGUGCGGCUGAGCGUAGACCCACAGGUGGAGCGCAGUACCCUCCCCCACCCCAGUUGCUGACUCAGGUGUUUUCCUCCACCCUGGGGACAUUUAGGAUUCUCUUUGCUCCAGGCCAUCUCUGCUGCAGUGAUGGUAUCCUACCUUUGUUUCCUAUAAGCCUCUUUUUCUUGAUUGGUGUCAGUUUCUGUCUUUCCUGUAUGCUUCUCUCCGGAGGCUGGUGAUACUGUGGGUCUGUCCCUGUUUAAGUGUGAUAUAUCAGAAAGCUGUGCAGCAUCACACAGGUGUAGGUCACCUGUAGUCACCAGGUGAUCUGGACUCGCCUUUGGAGAACGCUAAGCAUCAAUAUUUGCCCAUCUUUUCUUUGGGACUUGGUUCCAUUUCUUCGUAUAUCUCUCAAGAGUUUUCUGCCUGGGAAAGGGAAACACACCAGGUUCCUCUUAGCCUAUGCAGUACUUUCAAAGAAAGUGUUCCAGCCGGGUGUGGUGGUACAUGCCUGUAAUCCCAGCACUUGGGAAGCUGAGGCAGAAGGAUCCUUAGGAGUUCAAGACCAGCCUGGGCUACAAAGUGAGAUAUGCAAUCUGAACUGCAUAGAGAGACCUUGUCCCAAAAAAAGAACAACAAAAAAAGUUUCCCUCUGGGCAGAAGCUACUCAUGAACACUUGGCUUGACUGGUAGAGGGCGCCUUUUGCCUGUUUCUCUGGGCAUCUGCAGCUCUGAGCUAGGGCAAAGCUUGAGGAGCAAGCACAAAGGCCAGAUUCUAACUCCUACAUGCCCCGUUGGGCAGGUGCCUUUGUGCAGUCGCAGACCCUAGGGCUGAGUGCAGAGAGCCCGAGUCCACCUGCGCUGUGUGGGCUGCUGAGCAGGCAGCCUCAUCACCGGCCAGCAUCUGGUCUCGUCAAGCUGCACCCGCCUCUGCCGUGCACGGUAACCCCGGUUGGAGCUUUUGGUUCUGCAUGGGAUAGGAGCACAGAGGUUGAGGUCUGGCGAUGUUUCCUUUCCAUCACUUUGUCUUCCUGGCUGUAUAAUUUUUAUUGCUUUGUUCUUCUUGCCUGUGGGGUUUCUUGAUGGAAGAAGUGAGUCGGGGUAGCACCUUAUUUGACUCCCCUUUGAACUUUAUUGCCAGUGAGUUUGGGACUCGCCGCUCUGGUGACCUGUUUGUGAACCUGUGUGGCACAUCUGUGCUGUCGAGCUGUGAUGUGCCCGGUGCUUUUGAAUAACGCAAUAACGCAGUGUGGGAGAGGUUACCUGGUGCAGUUCAGCGCUGCGUGGACACCAGGGUCCUGUCCCCGGUUUUGCCCCUCGGUCCUCAUAGUAAACGAGCUCAGCUCACUUGCAGGCCCUCUAUUUAGGAAACAGGUAGUCUGCACUGGUGUCUGGCAGCAAACAAAGAGGGUUGGGUUUGGAACCUGGAUAAGAUUCCCUUCUAGAAGUUUGUGUCUUGCCAUGUUGGUGAUUACAGGUUGGCAAGGGUUGCUGGGCCACACCUGACCCAGGGGCUGGGGACCAGGGAAGGUAUCUUUGCUGUCUGUGGACAGCUCGCGCUGCACGUGCUUCUCCACCCCGGGGUUCAGCACAGCGCCCCAGCCCUCUUCCCCGUGCAGUACCUGCCUGCUGCAUGUGAACAUAGCGUGCUGAGAACACAGACGCUUUGGGGCUGCCCGUACAGGCAGCCUCUGUGAGUCACAGGUGGAUCGGCAGCCACAGCGCUCAUGUGAGGAUCUGGCACCUUCUCCAAGAGACAGGAAGGCUGAGGUGGGAGGGUCCCUCAAGCCCCUGAGUUCAAGACCAGUCUAGGGUACAUAGCAAAACCCCCAUAUCAAACAAGACAAAAACAGGAACCAAAGCUGAGAAAGGAGAAACCCCUCGUCUCCCUGCCAGCCAGUGACUGUGGGAUGGCCAUCGCCAUUCCUGUCAUUUUUCUACAAAACUCCAGCCUCUGUGGACCUUGUCUCCCUCAGAAGUCAGGGUCCUGGUGUAGAAAGGUGUCCUGUGAGUGUCCACAGGAGCCGUGGCUUGCUCGGUGAGGAGCGUGCUCUUCCUGGGGGUAUGUCAUUGGUGUGCCACCGGAUGGCGUGGGCUCUUUCGUGCAAGCUCACUUUUCCCCCAUUUCUGGAGGGCCUGCCGGAGAUGGGAGACCCAGCGUCGCUCUCCUUCCUGUAUGGAGAUGCCCUUCCUGGGGUCUGUGCCACACGACCCGCCUGGCCGCCUGUGUGGUGCUCCCGUCUCACGUCCAGCAGUGGGCUGUGCUGGGGCCUCAGGCCAACACAGCCUCACAGAGCCGCCUCCUCAGAUCCUCUGUGACGUUUCCACCAGGAAUCCAGCACACAGAUCUCGCAGGCCCACGCAGGUUGUUUCGCUUCCCCAACAUUGCGUCUUCCCUGCUGAUGUGGCAGCUGGGGAAGAUGGAACAUCUCGGGCCUGCAGGUGCCAUCAGCUGCCACCUUUGCGUAGAUAGCGAUUGGUGAAGGGCCGCAUUCAUGAGAAGGGCAGGACCUGGGGAAGGCUGAGGGGCCGUGCUGCGGUCACUGUAUUGUUUAUUUGCUGCAGAACCGUCCCCUUGUUAGCCAGUGGGACAGAGCCGGGAAUGAGGCACAGGGUUCCUUUGCUGGCUGGGCCUUUGUCUCCCUGCUUUUCAUCAGGCACGGCCUCAGGAACGAGCCAGCAGCUCGUGGAAGUGAACCCGCAACGUGAGAGUCACAUGAUGGCUCUCCUGUUGCCACCCAGAAGGAUGCCCAUUCCCUAAGCAGCCUCAAGAGCGCGCCACCCUCCGCGCUUCCAUGGGUACAAGCCCCACAGCGACCUCAGGCUGGUCGUUUCUCACUCCUUGUGUGCAGGAGGGGACUUGCGAUGAGUUUGGUCACGUAGGAGGCACAGCCCCGGAAACUGGGAGCUCCUGGUUCUCAGCGAGUUGGUGAAGUUAGCAGACUUCCUGAGCUGACUCUUGAGGUUUGCCAGACCCUGCAGUGCCAGGAGGGCAGACUUGGUGGUAUUCAGAGCUUUGUUCUGAGAACCUAGAUAAAAACCUGUCAGGCAAGCAGUUCUUCCCACCCAACAUGCCCGGGGUGGGACCAGCAAUGUGCCAGGAACCAUUCUUGUCUGUGCAAACUAGAUGACCAGUAUUUUGUGCUCUUUGGACCAAGUCGUGAUUAAAUAUACACGAUUCACAGUCUGUAGCUCCCACCUCACUGCUAACUUAUUUAAAACCCUGACACUCAGAUGGGACGUCUAACGGCAUCCAGCAGGACUGUCUGGAAAAGAGCCCUCCCUCCUUCCUUGGAGGUACUGUGGGAUUAGAAACAGGGCAGGUUUGAGAGCCCCAGCUCCGUCACCUGACGUCUAGGUGAUCUUGGGCACAGUAACCUCACUGAGCUUUGCAGUGAGGACGCUCAGCCCGUAUUUGUCCACUGAGCCCCGUGAGCUGCUUGUGAAGUUGGAGACUGCUUAGUACCUCUUGUCCGUUUCCCUUCUCUCCAAGCACUGAGUACUUCCUUUCCCCACGUUGCAUUUCCAUGGCUUCUGCCAACCACUCUCCAGUCCACCACCUGAUUCCAGCUGCCUUGUCUCUACUGCAAGAUGUAUUACAAGAGGAAGUUGAAGUCACUGUAUAUGCAUUAACUCACUUGACCCUUGUAACAGUCUCCCGGGAGGGAAUGAAAGCCUGGGACUGAAAGAUAGGAAGGCCAUAGCCUAGAACUAGUAAGUGGCAGAACCUGCAAUCUAGGACUGAUUCUCUGAUGUUAAUUUUCACUACUUAGAAAAUGAAGUGAUCCCCUACGAGAGUUGAUUCGUGGUGACAUUGGGCUAGGUGGCAAGUUAUGGGUGGCAAAGAUUAUUGGUUACAUCGCACCCCCUUCUUUGCAUCCUUCCCUCCUCCCAACUUCUGCACCUGACUUCCGCUUCCACAUCAAAGCUGCUGGACUCCUUCAUGAGCACGUGAAAUCCAUGUGGUAGCCUCUAGCUGCGGAAUCCCAACUGCGUUUCUGCCUAUAAAGAACCUGUAACAAUACAGUUCAUUAUCUAACUUCAUGUGCAGGUUUUCAGUGACUUCACAGUACAUCCUGCUCCUGUGCCCUCUCCACCUCCAACACAGUAGGAAACGAGGCUGGCUUCUCACUGCAAGGCCUGAGACCUGCAUGUUUACCGUGGUGGCUGCAGAGCAUGAGUUACGUGCCUAAAUCGUAAUUGGUUGAGGAUCCUUCUUUGUCUUUCAAAUUGAAAAUAAUAUUACAACUUUAUCAGUGUUAUCAAAAAACUUUUAAAAAAGAUAAAUCACUUGAUGGGAUUAUUCCAUGUGUGACAAUCACUAUUCUUGUAGCUGUAGCAGAUGUCAACAGCAUUAAGAUAAGACUGUGAGGAAGGACAGGCAUGAGAUGCGCAUUUUCCUAAAUGUCAUGCAGUGGUUAAGGACACUUUUUAAAGGAAACUUGGUAGUGCCUUGUAGUCCUGAGAGCAGACAGCACUCACUGGCCUGGGCACCAGGGACCCGUGUUGCAGCUCUGGCUUACCUGCAUAGUGCGUUUACUUCUCUGGGUUGGAAGUUAGAAGACCUCCAAUGAAUCCUCUUUAGGUUUAAAAAAUCCAAAGGUUAGCAAUAGCUUCUUGUUGCUGCUGUGUUGUUAUCUCAAUAAGUGACCCAUUUCCUUAAAUGCACUUCUGUAUAUAAGUGAACUCCAAAGCAUAGAACAUUGCGUCCUGUUUAGAGUCACAGAAAGGUGCCUUUGCAAAGAGUUUGGUAAAGCAGAAAGCUGUCUGAGCUGUCUGACUUAAAAGGUUUGAGCUGAAAGUUUGAAGUAGAACCUGGGAGAUCUGCUUCCUGGGGCUCCCAGAACUAAAUAGGUCUCUCUAAGUCAGCCUCCUCGGAGGCAGUUUCCCAGAGGAAUUUCUUUCCAGUUCAGAAGUUCAGCUGCAGGAAUAAAUAGUUACAGACAGCUGGAACUUUCCACCCCUCCAGUCUUUUCCCCCUGCCCCUAGCAGUAAUCAAAGUAAAAAUGCAUGGAGAUUCUGCUCAGAACUAAAGCCUCUUGCAUUCCAACAUGAAAUUCCUUGAGCCAAAGGCCAGCAGGGUUGUGUGGAAGAUCCUUGAGCUGGUGGUGGUACCUGACACCAGGCAUGGGAAGAAGAUAACUGCUCCUUGCCCUUGAAAUGGACCUUAUGACUCUGCCAGCAUUAUUUGUUUGGGUGCUGAAAAUAUCAGCCAAAGACAAAUAGGAAAAAAGGUUGCUCCCUCCUGUACACUCUUGGGACAGAUUAUUAAAGCUGCAGAUAAUGCUAGGAGCACAGCACAUUGGAUGGUAAUAGGUGUUUCAUUCUGAGGGAGUUGACACAAUUAACAGAUUAAUAUUUCUUUAAUGUCAUGGCAGGACUUAAUUGACUGUGUGUGAAGUUUUUUACCGAGGGCUGCCGGAGAACUGUUGAAGAAAAAACAAAGUGAAAUGUUAUUUUGUAGUACAGGAUUAUUUUGUCUAUUUAGUAUAUACUUAGGUGUAGCUUUGUAAGAAAAACAAAAAGGAUCUUUGUAAAAAAAAAUUGUAUGAAUGUGCACUCUUAUUUAUUGAUUAUUGUAAAUGAAGAUGUAAGUGGCUAUUUGCAUAAUUUAUACCCGUGGGAAAUUAACUGGAGUAUUUGUUAUUGGAGUGUUUUCUGUUAAGGAAUAUUGGGCUUGGUGCUAUGAUGAAUGAUCUUGUAAAAUUAUGUGUAUUCUUAAGAAAAUUUUUGAAUAUAAAUUUCUCAAAUUGA